AUAUAAACUAUUUUAUAAGAUACAGUUAAAUGACUAGAGCAAUAGCACGAGGAAAAUGGCAACAACUAUCACAACAACUCAGGCAAUACCAAACACUCAAGUGAUUCAGGUACCAGCGGUUGUGCCUCCUCCAGUCGACCACCCUGCUAAAAAAUUCGCGAAAGUUUUUACUGGACUCGGGAUUGCACUGUUAUCUGUUGGGGUAUUGAGUAUAAUUUUGGGAGGUGUUGCGCUGAGUCCACAAUACUAUGGAUACGUUGGAUCCGGAAUUUGGUGUGGAGGAUGGUAUGUGGCUUCGGGAGCAUUGGCAAUAUCCACAGGUAAUGGAGCACACUCUUGCAACGUAAUUGCUGGAAUGGUUGUUUCAAUAUUAACUGCAAUCGUGUCGUUCUGCGUAGGAAUUUCGGAAGCUGCGUUGGCAGGAUAUUGCGGUUGGGGGUGUUUGAGCUCUUUUCAAGGAAUCCACGCUACAAUUGCAGCUCUAGCAUUCAUCGCCUGCAUAUUAGCUAUUAUUCAUUCCUCCUUCUGUUGUUGCGGAUCAUGCGGGCAGAAUAAUUACCAGGGAAGAGUUAUGGCAACUACUACAGUGAUGACCAUACCCACCGUUCAAGUUCCCAUGGCACAACCUUACGGCCAGCCAACUGUAGUCUCUCAGCAGUAUUAUCCACAGAUGCAACAACCUAUGGUGCAAUCUCAGGCAGCCCAAAACUACCCGCAAGUACAAUCUCCAGGAUACCAACAAGGCCAGCAGCAACAAGCUCAGUCGUCAUAUGCUCCUCCGCCGUAUACACAAGGAAGUCCAAAUCAGAAACAACCUUUGUGAACAUACUGGUGUCUUUAAUCGGGAAGAUUUACCAAUACCAUUAACAACUGCAAAGCAAUUAUAGCUCUGCUAUACAAUGUAAUUGUAAUAUAUAAUUUGUUAUAAAAUUGAAAUUCAGCAGACUCAUGCAGAUGUUAAGGAUAUUUUUGAAACUUGAAAUACACUGCCAGUUUGAGCAUCGUAGUAAAUAAGCAAUUAGACAACCCGCUACAGUAUUUUAUCGCGAUAUAUAUUUUAUGGAAUAUACCAUAUAUUUUGUUUCCUAUAUGCUUAAGCUGCAUUUUAAAA